AUGGGGAAACCCAACUCGCCGCCGCAAUGGACAGGACGCGCGAUUCGGUCGCUAUCUCUGCACCGACGUCGCGCCAGCGUUGUCCAAUCUGGUUACGGACUCGAGCACCUUUUCUUUGUCCUUAUGUACGCGUUCUCGCUCUACCACUGCUUCCUGACGAUCGGUGAGCCGUAUGCUCAAGCUAUGAAGGAACGAGAGCAAUCGGAAGUCAUGACGGCUGGGGGUGUCACUGGAACGGGGGACGACGGAGGCCUGGCUGCUGCCAUAUUGGCUCAUGGAGCUGUGCGUGACAGCGCAGCUGAGCUCUCGGUCAACUAUACCGAGCAAGACGAGGAUGGCCCGCCAUUGCCCAACCCUUUUUUACCUGCUGUUGUGCCGUUGCUGUAUCUUCUCGGAACGAUCAUGACCCACGGCCUCUUAGUUCUGUUUCAGAUUUGGUCUGUGCGUGUCAAGUCUUUUAUCAAGUACGCGCCAGUGACCUGUUUUGAGGACGCAACGUAUGUAAUGGUAGUGCCACGCUCUUUCAAGGGCAAGAGCAGCAUUAUUGAGAUCACGCGGCCUAAGCAGGCAGACGGUACGUUGGCAGGACGCCCGUACUUUCACUUCCAGAAGCACAAGUACGUUGCGGAAGAAGAAUCGGGUGACAAGGGUGCCGUGCUCUUUCGAAAAGUGAAGGCUCGUACUACUGAAGUGGUGAAGUUCUAUCUGGAUUCGCGUGGUCUCAACUCAGAUCGGGAUGCCGAGUUGCAGCUGGAUUUGUAUGGCAAAAAUGAGUUCAGCAUCCCGCAACCCAAUUUCGUGGACAUGUUCAAGCAGCAGUUGAUCGAGCCGCUUACCGUUUUUCAGAUCUUUAGCGUCUGCCUCUACAUGCUUGACGAGUACUGGCAGUACUCACUGUUCACGUUGGGCAUGAUCCUCAUGUUCGAAGGCGUUACGGUGAUGAGUCGUCUAAAAAACCUACAGACGCUACGCGGUAUGGGUAAUAAAGCGCGUGAGGUGUACGUUUACCGUGGAAAGACUUGGAAAAAGCUGAAUUCGGAUCUGCUGGUGCCUGGUGAUGUUAUUUCGGUAAAACGCGAGACUGACGGUGACAAUGACAACAUGGUGCCUUGUGAUUGCUUGCUGCUGGACGGAUCAGCGGUUCUUAAUGAAGCUACCUUGACGGGCGAGAGUGUGCCACAGAUGAAAGAGGCUAUAGGCACAAAGAUGAGUCCUGAAGACCUCGCGGAGCAGCUCGACAUGAAGUCAGGUCAUAAAGUUCACGUACUUUUUGGUGGAACUACUGUGAUGCAGGCAGGCACUUCCAGCGAAGGUCAGCCUGGGGUCAUGAGUCAGCAAAUCCCACACGCACCUGACAAAGGCUGCACUGCUUAUGUGUUGCGGACGGGAUUUAGCUCUUCACAGGGCAAGCUGGUACGCAUGAUCGAGUACUCAAGUGGCAAGGUGACAGGGAGCUCGUGGGAUGCUUAUGGCCUCGCAUUUUUACUUUUGAUUUUUGCGUUGCUCUCCUCUGGGUAUGUGCUGCGCCACGGUAUCGCACAGAAAGGAAAGAUCACGUUCGAGCUGCUGUUGCGGUGUGUGCUCAUUAUCACUAGUGUUAUUCCGGCUGAACUACCUAUGCAAACAGCAAUGGCAGUGAACUCGGCCCUGCUGAAUCUGGUGAAGCUAUCAAUUUUUUGUACCGAGCCUUUCCGGAUCUCCUUAGCUGGCAAGGUGGAUAUUUGCUUAUUUGAUAAGACAGGCACUCUCACCACGGACCAACUGACAGCGGUUGGCGUGGUUUGCGAAGAUGCCAUCACCCCUACUGCUGCUGUUUUGAAGGACAAGGUGCUUGGUCACGUGCCAAUGAUUGCGGCUAACUUGACGCUACGUUAG